UUCCCGUUCGAGUCCGACAAAAAUUCCUGAAACGGUACGCGCCGAUAACCAAGAUUGUGGCACAGUAGUUAACAAAUCCGCAGUAUCUCUAUUUUUUCUGGAUAUUAUUUGAAGUAAUAGUGAACACAGGAUUUCGGAUAGUGUAAAAUAAUAAAUAGGAUAAAAUGGUUGACUACAGCAAGUGGAAGGACAUAGAAAUUUCAGACGAUGAGGAUGACACUCAUCCAAACAUUGACACUCCAUCGUUAUUUCGUUGGCGUCAUCAGGCUAGAAUGGAGCGAAUGGAGGAGCAAAAACGAGAGAAGGAGGAAUUAGAAAAGAAGAAAAAUGAAACCCUGAAAAAACUCAAGGAGACAAAACAAAAAAUAGAGAAGUUGGAAAAGGAGCACGUGAACUCCCAAGACUUGGACUCAAUGAAGAAAGCCCUCCAGGAGCUGGAACUCGAGGAGAUGAAGGUGAAGGAGAAAGAGCAGGAGCUGGAGAAGAAGGAGAAACUCACGCCCUGGAACGUCGACACUAUUGCCCAGCCAGGCUUUGCAAAAACGGUAAUCAAUAAAAAACCCCGCAGGAAAGACGACGAUGCAGACCUGCCCGACGACGUGAGGGAGCAAAAGAUGAAGGAUUUCGUCAAGGAGAAUGAGAAAAAACUCAAGAAAUUUGGAAUGUUGAGGAAGCACGACGACAGUAAAGCUUAUCUCCAGGAGAAUCCCCAGUUGGUCUGCGAGAACACAGCCAAUUACUUGGUCAUCUGGUGCAUCAACCUGGAGAUGGAGGAGAAGCACGAUUUGAUGGAGCACGUGGCACACCAGUGCAUCUGCAUGCAGUACAUUCUCGAAUUAUCGAAACAACUAGACGUGGAUCCACGUGCCUGCGUCGGUUCGUUUUUCAGUCGUAUCCAAGUAGCCGAGGUCGAGUACAAAAAGUCGUUUGACGAUGAGCUGACGGCAUUCAAAGAGAGAAUUCGCAAACGAGCUGCUGAGAAAGUCGCCGAGGUCAUAAAAGAGGCUGAGGAAGAGGAGAAGAAGGCGAGACUGGGACCCGGUGGUCUCGACCCCGUUGAAGUGUUCGAUAGCCUCCCGGAGGCACUCCAAAAGUGCUUCGAGAGCCAAGAUAUUCCAUUACUACAAAAGACCAUUUCAGAAAUGCCCGAGGAUGAGGCGAGAUAUCACAUGAAACGGUGUAUCGAUAGUGGGCUCUGGGUACCAGAUGCCAACAGCAAACAAAAAGGAGGCGAGGAAGAACCUGUCUAUUCAGAAGCUACAGACGCAUCAACACCUGACCCUGAAUGACUCUCAAUGCCAAAAGGCCACUCAUAAUGCAUUUUCCUAUUUCACCUGGAAUUUAUCGGUGUGAAUUCCUUUUUGUAAAUUUCCGAUUUGAUUUUCUUUUUCAAUUUCAGACAGAGGUGAAUUUCAAAUGAAAUUAUAUCUUUUGUUACUCGUUAUUGUAGACGUAAAUGACUCAAAUGAUCUGGUGAUAAUCAAUAAACAAGUCUCAUGAACAUUGAAA